AUGGCGUCAGAUGCUAUUCCAGGUGACUUGGUCAAUGCGGAUAACGAAUUAUAUAUUGGCGCAGCUUUUGGCGCGGUCAUGUGCUUGGGAAUUUUCUUCUAUAACUUUUGGUUCUACAGAAUUCUCGCCGCGUGCGCCGGAUUCGGUAUUGGCGGUGGUGCGACCAUCGCCAUCGGGCUCUUCGCCCCGAUAGCUGUCGACUACGUCUUGUACGUUGGCGCCGCUGGUGCGGUUUUGGGUAUCUUCUUCAUGACAUCAUACAUGAAGACGCUCGUUGGUUUGAUGUACAUCCUCUGUGGCGGGUUUAUGGUUGCCUCGGCGUCGUCAUUCUUCAUUGAAGAAGCGUCCUUGUCGAAGUCGUCGCCGUUGUGGAUUACAAACUCACUCAGCAUCAACCUCAGAGAUCCGGCGACUUUGGCCGCUAUCUCGUGCGGCUUGGUGUGCGCUGGCUUCGGUUAUUACUACAGCACGAAAAAGAAUAAAGAUGGCGCGGAUGAAGAUGAAGAAAACUCUCCUUUAUUGAGAAAGAAAUAA